AUGCUUCAGGUCAGGCAACAACAGGCCAGGAUUGUGCGCACCGUCAGGAUGGCAUUUGCUGGGACAAAUGUUAGUUUGUCCCAGCCGGAUAUAAUGCAAAAACUGACGGAGCGCAUAGACGACCUGAAGCAGAGAAUCGCUGCUUGGGGAAAGCGGAUUCGGCGAUAUACCGAGAGGUCGACACGGUUUAACCAGAAUCGUCUCUUCCAGAGUGAUCAGAAGAGGCUCUAUAAAUUGUUGGAGCGACCAAUGGUAAGUGGAACGGGCCCAGCACCGAAUCAGGCCGACACUGUAGCAUUCUGGCGCGGCAUGUGGCCAGAGCCCAUAAACCACAGCGAGGGCCCUUGGACGGAAGUUGUGGCAAGUCAGUGUGCGAGUAUAACGCCCAUGAACCCCGUCAUUAUAACGCCGGAUGACGUAGCUGAGGCGGUCCGUGGGGCCCCGAACUGGAAAAGUCCGGGACUAGACGGGCUGCAUCACUACUGGCUGAAGGGGUUUGUUUUGUGUCCCACUGUGCUCGCCCGACAGUUCCAAGAGGCUCUCAACCAGAAGUCGCUCCCGAGCCUCUCCACUACUGGGAUCACUGUUUGGUUCCUAAAGACCAGGUUACCACAGACCCGAGCAAAUACCGCCCCAUCACGUGUCUGCCGACCAUAUACAAGACACUAA